AUGCUCAGGUGUGUUGGAGGGCCAGCCCCCUGUGCCAGCCUGGCCUCACUCGGCAUCCAGCCAGAAGGACUGCGCCCUAGACAGGAGCUACAGCCUGGUGUGUGGACCCUGCUGUGCCUUGCAGCUCACCUCCAGAGAGUAAAUGCUGUCUUCUUCCACUGCAGGUUGUCCACCCGGCCGGAGGUGGCCAGCAUCGAGCCUCUGGGCCUGGACGAGCAGCAGUGCUCCCAGAAGGCAGUGGUGCAGGCCUGCCUGACCCAGCCUGCCCCCCCCACCAGCAUCAUCUUCGCAGAGGACAUCACCACAGGCCAGGUCCUGCACUGUGACGCCACCGUGGACCUCAUCCAUGACAUCCAGAUCGUCUCCACCACCCACAAGCUCAACCUGGAGGACUCCCCCCUGGAGCUGAAGAUCCAGGCCCUGGACUCCGAGGGUCCCCUGGAGGGCAGCUUCAGUCAGGGAGGUGAAGUUGCUGCUGGCGGAGGUGCUGAAGAGGCAGAACCCAUCUGCGAGGUGGGCCCCAAGCCCUCGGUAGAAUCGAGCCAUGGUCACUGCCGGUGCUCAGGGGCCCCUGUAGCAGGGCCUGUGUGCUCAGAGCUGUGGUGGACCCUGGAGCCAGACCCUGCUGGGAGCCCUCCUUGGCUGCCCAAGUUGGGACUUGUUCUUCCCUUCGAUGUCCCUCAGCUCUUCAGUGGCCCCUACCCUGGGGUUGAAUUGCCUAACACCCAGAGCACCAGCAGCAGUGGUUCAGAAUCAAAAACCUCCCUGGCUCUCCAAUCCUUCCAGAAAACUUCUGUGGCCUCCUCCUCCACCCAGAGCAACAGCAGCAGUGGCGGAGACCCAGAAAUGUCCCUGGCUCAACAAGCCUUCCAGUAUCAGCCUGUGGCUUUCUUCUCCACCAAGAGCACCAGUAGCAGUGGCGGAGACCCAGAAAUGUCCCUGAUACAGCAACAACCACCCCAGGAUGCCAGCGUCAUUCAAGCUGGGCAGCCUAAGGCUGUGAUUAUGGCCAUAGCAAAUAAAUUUCACAUAGAGAGAGACCUGAACCUGGAAAUCAUCAUCCUUGAUGAGGAUGGUAACAUUACGAUCGCGGACUUCAGCUUCUGUACCAUAUUCCAUGAGGAACAGAAGCUGAUAGCCCUUUGUGGCACCUACCCCUUUUCCACCUUUUUUCUCCCACUGAAGUGCACUCAUAGCAUUCAGCAGAAGAGCCCCUUUCUGGCCAGUGCAUCUGCCAGCCUGCAGAGGAAGCCAGAGAGCUUCAAUCAAGCCCCCCAGUGUGAUCCUGUGGCCUCUCUCUCCACCCAGAGCACCAGCAGCAGUAGUAGAGACCCAGAAAUAUCCCUGGCUCAACAAGUCCCCCAGCAUGACCCCAUGGCCUCCCCUUCCACCCAGAGUACCUGCGCAGUGGUGGAGUCCCAGAAAUGUCCCUGGCUCAACAAACCCUUAAGCAUGACCCUGUGGCCUCCCCCUCCACCCAGAGCAACAGCAGCGGUGGUGGAGUCCCAGAAACGUCCCUGGCUCAACCAGCUCCCUAGCAUAACCCUGUGGGCUUUCCUUCCAUCCAGAGCACCCGCAGCAGUGGUUCAGAAUCAAAAACCUCCCUGGCUCUCCAAUCCUUGUAGUAUGACACUCUGGCCUCCUUCUCUAUCCAGUGCACCAGCAGCAGUGGUGGAGGGCCAGAAACCUUCCUGGCUCACCAAGCCUCCCAGCAUGACCCUGUGGCCUCCUCCUCCACCCAGAGCACCAGCAGCAGUGGCGGUGAUGCAGAAACAUCCUUGGCUCAGCAAGCCUUCCCCGUGA